AAAAGGCAGAGCAUUUCAGAGUCCAGGCACUUGGAGCUGAACUUGAUUUUCAAGGCUGAAUUCAUCCACUUAGCCACAGUCUCUGGAAAGCAGCGCAGAGGAAUUCUGUCAUCAGGACACUGCAGCUACAAAAUCCAUCUGCUUGAAAGAUAGAGAAAACUCUCAGAAACAUGAUUUGCUUGCAGUUCCUUUCUCUUCUUACCUAUGGACUUACAGUGCUGCAGGGGGUGAAUGGGUGGACAUACCAUUAUUCAGACACAAACAUGACCUACAGGGAAGCAGAGCUGUGGUGCAGAAAGAAGUAUACUAACCUGGUUGCCAUCCAGAACAAGGAGGAAAUCAAGCAUCUCAAUGCCUUCUUACCCUUCAAUCCGGGUUACUACUGGAUUGGAAUCAGAAAAGUUAAUGGUGUGUGGACCUGGACUGGAACUAACAAAGAACUGACAGAAGAAGCAAGAAACUGGGCUUCAGGGGAGCCAAAUGGCAAAGGGAACAACGAGGACUGCGUUGAGAUCUACAUCAAAAGAGGGAAGGAUGAUGGCAAAUGGAACGAUGAGCAGUGUGAGAAGAAGAAGGUCGCCUUGUGCUACACAGCUUCUUGCAACCCAUCUCUCUGCAGUGGCCAUGGAGAAUGCAUAGAGACUAUCAACAACCACACCUGCCAUUGCAACCCUGGCUUCUAUGGGCCUGAAUGCGAGUUUGUUAAGGGUUGUGAUUCACUAAAGAAACCUGAUCAUGGAAGCCUCGAGUGCCACCAUCCAUUGGGGGACUUCAGCUACAACUCAUCCUGCAAAGUGCAGUGUGAGGAGGGCUAUGAGCUGACUGCACUGGAGUCUGUCCACUGUACCUCUUCUGGGAUCUGGUCUGCCCCCCUUGCAGCAUGCAAAGCUGUGACCUGUCCUGCCUUGGAAAUGCCUGCCCACGGAGCUGUGAACUGCUCCCAUCCCUCGGUGCAGCUCACCUGGGGAACCACCUGCGAGUUCACCUGUGAGGAGGGAUUUACCCUGACAGGACCAGCUACACUGCAGUGCGGCUCUUCAGGGGCCUGGGACAGGCAGCAGCCAACGUGUGCAGCUGUGCGGUGCCAGGCUGUCCCGCGGCCAGCAGAAGGCUCGGUGAGCUGUGACCACGCUCCUGCAGAGCUCACCUCCGGCUCCCGCUGUGAUUUCCAGUGCGCCGAGGGGUUUGUGCUGGAGGGCUCAGCCAGCACGGAGUGCACGGCACAGGGACAAUGGUCAGAGCCGGUGCCCAAGUGCAAAGUCAUACAGUGUGAACCACUGAGCUCUCCUGAGAAAGGCUCCAUGGAUUGCUCCCACGGGGCUGGGAUGUUCACCUACAACACCUCCUGCCACUUCAGCUGCCUUGAAGGAUGGAGUCUCAAUGGCUCUCGUGUUCUCCAGUGCAGCCACUCAGGAAACUGGAGUGCCAGCCUGCCCACAUGUGAAGCCUCUGACCAAGCCAGCUACAUCUCUGUGGGCAUAGCAGCCACUUCUGCCUCUCUGCUGUCCACAGCAUCAUUCCUCCUUUGGCUUGCACGGCGCUUCCGGAGAAAAGCAAAGAAGUUUAUUCCUUUCAGGAACUGGCAGGAAACAGCCAGUGAAGGUAGUUUCCAAAGUGCUGGCGAGAAUGUCUAACUCAGGUGCUUCAGGAAUUGCAGCCACCUUCACUUACAUCUCAGAUUUCUGGAGAAUGAAACUGCCUGCAAAUCAGCAGCUGUCCAGAUGUUUUUACCUUUUGCUGACAAGAUGAUUGACCUUGUGUAUGAUUCAGAAAUCUUGAACUCAAGCUGUCUGGUAUUUCCAUUGAAGACAAACACAGAACUCUGGCCUUGUGGCCAAAUCCUGCCUACAUUCAGCCAUGUAGUUACCCUGAACUGGGAGCUUGCCACCUCCUGUCCAGGUGGUGAGUAAACCGUGCACUGCUGCCUAAAAAGGAGGCUGGUUCCUCCUCUGCUCCACUCAAAGGUACCGAGGUGAGGUGAAGCCAUGCAUUAUUUCACAUCACUUACUACCCUGCUGGAAGUGUUUCCUCUGGAGUCACAGGGGUUAUGCUUGCAGAAAAAGAAGAAUCAGGAUGGAAAAAUAUUCACUGAGCAGCUUUGAAACUGUUGAUCUGGUUUGUGGAAGUCAGUUUAUUUUCAGAUGUCCUAGUCAAUAGAUAUGCCUGCAGUGAUAUGGGCAAUUAUUUGGAUUUCUGCUGCAUAUCCCAGAAAAUUUAGAUGCCUUUAAAAAAAAAUAUAACAGCACUAGGAACCAUAGUGCUUACACAGUGUACUUUGGUUUCUGAACACAGCAGGAAGAUCUGAAAUUCUCAUCCCUGUGGGAUUCUGUACCGUAAUAUGUGUAUAUACAUAUGUAUUUAUUUGAGCAGCUUUUACUGUGGAUAUUUCUGUGCUCUUAACUGUACAUGUGUUGUAAAAUACUUGUUCUUGAGUAGGUCUUUGGCUGUUGAUCAGUUGAUCAGAAUUUAUUUGAAACUAAACUGGAAGUGUUUGUAAGGAUUGCAUGCCUGCAUAAUGUUUACAAAUGAAAUGGAAGAUUGAGAUUUGUAUGUUUAUGUAUUGAAAGUAUGGGGUUUUUUUAGCUGUUAAAAGUCUUCAAAUGAGACUCUCUUUUAAUUUAUGUUUAAGUUAUGAUUAUAAAUUAAAAAUCUCUCA